GAUCUCGAACUUAGAUAUAGCAAAGGUUCUAGUAUUCAGAGCAGCGGUUCAUAUUGCUUCCUCGCUUCCAGGUGUUCAGUCGACAUUAUUAUAAUGAUAAUGAUAUAAAGAAGAGCGUUGUUAAAAUAUCACAAAGGUUGGGAAUGCUGCCAAUGUAUUCAUAAUCAUAUGCCAUGGCAAAUAUAACAGCAGCAAAGCGAGAUGGACCACUCUGCUUUUCGCCAGGUGUUGGUUUUACAGCGAAGCAGUGACCACUAAGUUUCACUGGGGCCCAGAUGAACAUUCCUAGAAUAAAGUGUCUGCUCAUCUGUUGAGAAGAUCUCCAACCACAGAAGGUUGCCGCGAUGAGAUGCCGGAACACGCAGCAGUCCGGGGCAGCGAAAGCAGAAGGAAGAGGAGGUGACGGAUAUAUAAGCAGAAGACACCUGCGGGUCUGGACAGCAGAGACUGUAGGGUCUCCCGUGUUUGGAUCUCCAUUUCUGGUUCUGCCAGUUGAAUUGGGCUGCGUAAGAACUUUAUAAGUUUGUUUUGAAAGGACCUCUGUGUGUCUCUGAGGGCAAGCAAUGGCGGAGGUUACAACCGAGGUGAACGCCGAGACGAGCUCGGCUCCUUCCCAGGGGACUUCGGCCUUUCAGAACAACAUCCCUGGCAAUAUCUCCAUGGACAUGGGCUUCUUCAAGACCAUCCGUGCCAACUUGAUGCUGGUGGAGAUUAGUCUAGGACUGGUGGCGUGGUCCUUCAUCGCCAGCAGCUACUACUAUUUCUUCUCAGCCUACCACUGGGUGAUGUUUGUGAGCGUGACACUGUGGAUCCUUACCAUCUUCCUCUUCCUCAUCUACUUUCUUGGAAUUCACAUGAAGUUUGACUCUGUGCCCUGGCCGCUUGUGCUGCUCGUGUUCAACGGUGUGGCAACUCUCCUCUACUUCACAGCCUUCGUGAUCAAUGCUGUAUUUUUAUCUUCCUAUUAUUCCACCAUCUUCUACUACUAUCUUAUAGCAGCUGCGGUCUUUGGGGUUGUGGUGACACUGACCUAUGCCGCCAGCACAUACCUUGCUUUCACAGAGUGGAAAGGGAGCAACGCAGCACCCAGCACUGUGUAAACCUUGCAGACUGGCCUCAGAAACCCCUUGUAUUAAAGUUGAUUGCACACAGUACAAGUGACAAAGUUAACCAACAUUAACCAAGCAAUCUGACCAAGUGGAUUGUUAAAACUGGAACAGGAAAUGGUGUGCAAUU